AUUAUAAUGAUAGGUCAUUUUACUUUGUCUCUCAUCCAAACCCUAGCCGCUCUCAAUAGAUUCUCAGUUCUUCUACAAUGGACAUCAAGAGUGAUCCUUCUAAGCAUGAUGGAGAGAGUAUGGGACAAAGCUCCUCCGCCGUCGACGACUCUGAUUCGGUCCAUCUCGCAACCACCCUACCGGCAGAAAUCAUUUCAGAUAUCCUAAUCAUACUGCCAGUCAAAUCACUCAUCCGAUUUAAGUCCGUCUGCAAAUCCUGGCGUGCUUUGAUAUCUGAUCCGAUAUUUGUUAAGGCCCAUCUGCAAGGUAACAUCCAAGACAAGGAUUAUGCAUCCCAUAGGCUUAUUAUGAAAACCGACACUCCUCAUUAUGAUUUGAAAUCAUGUUCCCUCUCAUCUGUUUUGAAUGAAGAAUCAUCUAUUACAUGCCUCGAUUAUCCGUGGGAGCACCCACCCCGAUCGAUUAGGAUAAUUGGUUCAGUUAACGGGUUAGUUUGUAUCCGUGUGGAUCUUUCUUUAUAUACUUCUCUCUAUAUAUGGAACCCAUCUACUGGGAAAGCAAAGAGACUGCCUGAUUAUGGUAGUACAAUAUAUGCAGAGAUCAUUUCAUAUGGGUUUGGAUAUGACGAAGCUAAUUCCGAUUAUAAGGUGGUUAUUAUUUACCUUAUAAUUAGACCUUUUGACCGGUCUUAUAAUCCUCAAGGAAAAAUUUAUGGGUUAAAGAGUGAUUCGUGGAGGAAGAUUGACGAUUUUUAUAUGAGAAGCCAGUUGUAUGCUUAUUGCACGUUUGUGAGUGGAUCGCUUAACUGGGCAGUAUCUGGUGGCACUAUUCUCUCUUUGGAUUUGUCGAAAGAAACCUGUUCUGAAACCGAACUACCUUUUUAUUUGGAGGAGGAGAUGGUUUGUGGUAACUUAGGGAAUUUAAGUGGAAGUCUAUGUCAGUUAUCUUACGUUUAUGGGAUGAUGAAAAUUGAUUUAUGGGUGAUGAAGCAGUUUGGAAAAGUAGAGUCCUGGUCUAAGAUGUAUUCAAUACCGUAUCAAUGUGAGAUAGAAACUUUUAAGAAUUAUGCAUCCUUGAUUAGUUCUGGGAAGAAUAAAGUGCUUAUGUUGAUUGGAUCGGUUUUGAUGUUGUAUAAUCUUGAGACUAAGACGGUUACACAUCCCGACUUUCAAAAUCUCAGCAAUUUCCUUGAUGUAGACGCUUAUAUCGAGAGUCUGGUCUCGCCUGAUGAUGCCAGCAACAACUCAAUAGAUGAGGUGAUUGUGGAAAUGGUCUUUAUCUAUUGAUCACAACAGUCCUCGUUCGAUAUUGUUGAAUGAUGAAUGAAUACAAGUGAAGAUGAUGUCUAAGAUGGUGCUAAUGAAUCAUUGAAGUUGGUAUUUGCCUUGAAGUCUUUCAUACAAAAUGGCUGUGAAAAAUCUCCCUUCGAUGAAAACUAUGUCAUGGAUAUAUGUUUGCUAAAUUGUGUUAUAUUUUCUUAAUUUAAGUGUUGUAUUUUUGACAACUUGUAAACUGAAUAUAUUGGAGUGUUAAUAUAGAUUUAUUAUGUAUUUAUUUGAAA